AUUUUAUUUACUAAUUUAAUAAACAGGCAAAAUAAAAAAUCAUCAAUAACACUGGCCCUUCCCUUUUGUGUCUAUUUACCAAUUCAACCCCGCUCACUCCACACACUACACACAUCACUCCAUAAAAUAAACCAAAUCAACAAACAAAAAGACAAACAUCCUGUUUCUCCUCUGUUUCAAUGUGGUUACCAUGGCGUGUCCGAACUACAGCUUCGCGUCCCAACCGAUCCCGAUCCCGAGCCUCCACCGUCUCCUGCACUUCCUUCAAAGACAUCCAAACCCUCCUCGCUUCCGAACCCGAACCUAGCUCUCCCAAAUCUCCCUCCCUUUUCCGCCGCCUCUCCGUCUCCCCCUCCCUCCUCCGUUCCCUCAGCGGCUCCCGCGCCACCGCCCCUUCCUCCUUUGCGCCGCCUCCGGACUCCGACUGUUCCUCCGUCGUCCUCUACUACACCAGCCUCCGCGUCGUCCGCCGCACCCACGACGACUGCCGCGCCGUCCGAUCCAUCCUCCGCGGCUUCGCCGUCGCCAUCGACGAGCGCGACGUCAGUGUCGACGAACGCUUCCGCGAGGAGCUGCAGGAGAUUCUCGGCCGCCGCACCGUGCCUCUUCCAAGCGUUUUCAUCGCCGGAACCUACAUUGGCGGCGCAGACGAAGUGCGGCGACUCUACGACAGCGGCGAGUUGCAUGAGCUGAUCGAACGGCUGCCGUUGUCGCGGAGCAUCGCGUGCGGUCUCUGCGGAGGGCUGAGAUUCGUUGUGUGCGACAAAUGCGAUGGAAGCCAUAAAGUGUUCGCUGAAAAGAGUGGCUCCUUCAGGAUCUGUUCUUCCUGCAAUUCCAAUGGUUUGAUCAGGUGCUCUUCCUGUUUCGUGGUGCACCAGCGACACAGCAAAUAAUAAUAGUACCUUCUCUUAGAUUUCCUUUUUCAAUGUUGAUCAUCAUAUCUCUCAGUGAAUCAUUCAUCUUAGAUUCCUGAAGUUUUCCAUUAUACCUUUGCUACGUUACUCUAACCAGUAACCAGCGAAUGGUAUUCGAUUCAAGCCUUGUGGAUACACCAACCAACUUAGGUUAAAUUAUAUAAGUUUAGAAAAUUAUAAUUUCAUGAAACAAUAGUUUUAUUAUAUAGUUUUUAUGUUUAAAUACUUGAGUAGUUUUAAACUCUCGUUUUCCCUCCAGACUGAAAAGUAAAGUGUUUUCAAUUUUUUUGGAGUUU